AUGACUCUUCCAUCGGUCUUGAAGUGGUCUGCGACAGCAGUUGCACUAGUGGCACAAUUGUGCACUGCGCAAACCUAUUCUAGCUGCAACCCUCUAAAAAAGACCUGUCCCGCAGAUGCAGGCCUGGUAAACUCCACCUUAUAUACUGACUUCACCUCGGGUGAGUCAGCGUUCAAGUACUGGAAUACCACAGCCGGCACAGUGAGCAGCACGUCGCUGGGUGCUGAGUUUACUAUCUCCGAGCAGGGCGAUGCUCCCACCAUCGAGAGCGAAUUCUACAUAUUCUUCGGUUAUGUAGAAAUGAAGAUGAGGGCCGCCAAUGGCACUGGCAUUGUCAGCACGCUAGUGAUAGAAUCUGACGAUCUUGACGAGAUUGACUGGGAACAAGUCAGCUCCUUUGAUAAUCAAAUCCAAACCAACUACUUCGGCAAGGGCAACACCACUUCGUACGAUCGUGCCACCACAGUGACCGUCUCUACGCCUGAAGAGACAUUCCACACAUACGCGAUCAACUGGACUUCUAGCAAAAUCGAAUGGCUUGUCGACGGAAGCGUUGUCCGAACCCUUAACUACGCCGAUGCGCUUGACGGCGAAAACUUCCCUCAGACCCCUUCCCGCAUCAAGAUCGGUAUCUGGGCUGGCGGUGACCCCGACAACGAGGAGGGUACCAUUGAAUGGGCCGGUGGGGAGACUGACUAUGACGACAGUCCUUUCACCAUGUAUGUGGAGUCGAUCAAGGUUAUCAACUACAACCCUGCCAAGUCUUAUACCUACACCGAUAAGACUGGCUCCUACACCAGCAUCAAAGCUUCGAACGUGUCGACUGCUUCAAACUCGACCACAUCCACGACGUCUCUGUUCCAUACAAACACCAAGUCAUCCAGCAAUAGCUCGUCCUCGUCCUCCAGUGCAAGUGCUGCAUCCAGCACUGCCUUCAGUGGUGCUUCCACGCUGUCAAGCCCCUACCUCGGCGCUGUAUUUGUGGUGGCGCUUGUUACCAUGGCUGCUGGGAUGCUCCGUAUUUAA